AUGGGUAAUGUAUUAGACAAAUUUUUCUUUCUGAUCAUUUUCGGUUACGCUAUUCCUAUUGUUCAAAUAUUGGCUAAUGGUGGAGCUUCAUCUAUUUUGACUGUUUGUCAAGCAUUACAACAAGGAACACCUGUUAUUGUUAUCGAGGGUACUGGCCGUGCUGCCGAUGAAAUUGCUCUCAUAUAUAAAUAUUUGUAUGGAAAUCAUCCAGUACAGCAUGAAGAACAACGUUCAAUAGCAGCAUAUAAUGAAGCUUCUUCAAAGUUUCAGGAUUUUGCGAGAAGAAUACGAUCAGGAUUCGGAUAUAAUACUGUUCUCAAUCAUACUAAUUGUGAUCAAUUCAUUAAACAAAUUACUUCUCCUGAAGGCUAUUUUCUCAUUUCGAUAUUUCACUUUCAUAAUGAACAAGGUGAACAGAAACUUGAAGAUGCUAUUUUACACGCUCUUCUCAAUGGCGCAAAAAUAAUCAAAAAUGAAGAAAAACAAAGAAUCACUGAAAUUAAAUUGGCUAUGGCUUGGAAUAAAUUUGAUUAUAUUCGAAAGAAUAUUUUAACUGACAAAACAAUUUUUCAAUGGACAGAUCUUGAACUUGAUCAAGCACUACAUGAUUCUUUACGUAUGAACAAAAUACGUUGUACAGAUUUACUUGUUGAAUAUGGUGCUUCGUUUGAUCGGCUACAAAGAUUUGAUCUAUUAGACAAACUUUAUCAAGAAGUAGAAACAAAUGUAUUAACUUAUUCUAAACAUAUGAUUGAAAAAAUUCAUAAAAAGAAAGAUUUAUCUAAUUUGACUGAGCUGGAUAAAAAAUACUUCUAUGAAGAUUAUUUGGAUAUUGAUCUGAACGAUACGAAAAACCUAUCACUGAGUUGGGUAAACAAUUCAACUACUAAAUAUGGAACUCUUGAUGACGAUAGUGUAUUAACUAAUUCAGCAAGUAAUUUUAAUCAUCCUAUUUGUGUUUUUAAUGCUGUCGAUAUGAUUCAAGCCAAUGGUUUUCUAAACACUAUUUCUAUUCGCUUUGACAAUAGUUCGAAACCAUUCCCAGUAGAUAAACUUCCUGUUUGCUAUUUAAUUUCGCCUACAAACAAUCCGAAUUCAUUUCUGAUUGCAUUCAAAUGUCAACUUCAAUCAUUAUCCAACAAUAUGAAAGAUAUAUUCCAUUAUAAAACUGCAGAAAAACCGCCAUUUGUUACUAAUGGACAAUAUAUUGCUAUUGGUUUUACAUAUGAAACUGGUUUUCCAUGUAAUGUACCACAAAGAAAUCAACAUUCACUUGAUCUUAGCCGUAUCGAACUUAUACUUUCUACUGCUGCUAAAACGUCGAUUCAAUUUAAUGUUGAAAGUAGGCAAGGUGUAGCAAUUAGCUUUAAUAUUGAUUCAUCUCCCGUAUUUUUUCGCGAUUUAUUUUUCUGGUCGUUAUUUUUUAAUCGAUAUAACAUGGCUACAUAUCUCUGUUCAAAAUCUUCUAAUGCAACUGUAGCAGCACUCUUGGCUAGCAAAAUCUAUCAUCGAGCAGCUAUGUUUAAUAGGACGCCUGAAGAACGAUUGGGUUUUGUUGAAAAAGCAAAAGAGUUCGAUAAACAUGCAUCAGUAAUUAUCGAUAUGUGCUUUGAUGAAAAUAACGAAUUUGCUCUUGAUAUUCUUAAAAAAAGAUCACCACUUUUCUUUGAGAAAUAUCCAUUGGAAAUUGCUAAAGAUAUAGAGAGUCGAACGUUUUUAGCAACAAAAACUGUUCAACGUUAUCUUGAUCAACAAUGGUAUGGACAACUUAAUGAAUAUGAUCGCAAUAAGUUUUGGAUUGGUUCAUUGAUCUUUAUUAUGUGUUGUAUACCCAUAUUAAUUCCUAUUCAAGCUCUUUCUAAAUUUAUUAUAUCAGAUAAAAGACAACCAAAAAUAUGGGAGAAAAAACGGCAUAUUAUUGGAUGGAGUGCAAGAAUUUUUUAUAGAUUCAAAGAAUUUUAUUCUGGACGAGCUAUUGUAUUUUAUAUUAUUUUUCUUGCUUUAUUCAGUUACGUAUUACUUGUUGAUUAUUUUCCAAUAAAUAUAAAUGGUGGUCAAAGAAGUACUUAUAAUAACUUAUUCAUUCCAAUUUCUGAAAUAUUUCUUCAUGUUCUUAUUUGGAGCUUAAUUUUUGAAGAAGGACACGAAUUUCUGCAACAUUGGAAAGUCAAAAAGUACCAUCAUAGUCGAUAUAGCAUAUAUAAUUAUUUUAGCCAAAAUAAAUGGAAUAUUUUAGAUAUAUUUGCAAUUAUUAUUUAUCUUGUUGCAUUUAUUACAAGGUUUAUUGUUAUCAAAGAAGUAUUUACAGCUUCAAAAAUUUUAAUGUGUAUUGAUCUGUUUUUAUGGUAUAUCCGUAUUCUUCAUGUGUUUGCUGUCUUUGAAGGACUUGGACCUAAGUUAUUAAUGAUUUUUAACACAAUGAAAGAUCUUCUCUUCUUCCUUUAUUUUAUUCUUAUCUUCUUGGUUGCUUAUUCGGUAACGUCAUAUGCAUUGAUUGUAGCUAACUAUCAAAUAUCUUGGAAAGAUGCUAAUAAUAAACCAUCGUCACGACAAUUUCAAGCAUUGAACAAUGGUACAGGUUUAUGGAAUUGGGAAAUUUUGAGAGAUAUUAUUGAUUGGGGUAUGUGGAAAAUUUAUGGACAAAUUGAUUUAGACGCUUCUUAUCACUUUGAUAAUGAAGAAAAAGUCGCUGUCACUAACGAUGCUUAUGGAAUAACUGCAUUCAUUUUGACGAUCUUUUUUGUAUCUGUGGCAAAUAUAUUACUUCUCAAUAUUUUAGUUGCACUUUUUAAUAUAACUAUUCAAAAAGUUCAACAGAAUGCACAUGAAUCUUGGGCUUAUUAUCGUUUCCUACUUGUGACAGAAUAUACUAAUAAGACAUUUUUACCACCACCACUUAAUAUAUUCAUUUAUAUAUUUUCUCCUCUAUAUCAUUUUCUUAAAAAUCGUCAUUCAAAAAAGCCAAACAAUACAUAUGGUAUUCUUGAUAGUGGUGAGAUGAUGAAAAUUGAUUCAAAUCUUGUUGAUAUGGUUGUAUUUAAUGGUGUAGAUCGCAUCCGUCGGAUGGGGCUUAUUACCUCCGUUACUAUCAAUUUCAGUUCUCCACCACGGAUACCUAAUCCAUCUAUCAUACUUUAUUUGUUAGAGAGUGAAAGUAAUAGUCCAAAUAGGUUUCGUGUUACUGAUGAAAAACGACUUCGAACUGAUCAUAUUCAACGACGAAGUGGUGUACAAAGAAUUGUUCUAAAUGAUCCACUCAAGUGUUUUGAAAAGCAAUUCGUUGCUUUAGCUUUUGAAACAUAUUCUGGUACUCCUGCUAGUGUCAAAGAUCGCAAUGAACAUUCUGUUAACCAUGCUCACUUUUGUAGUCUUAAAGCUGCAGGCAAAUCAAUUCAUUUUAUGAAUUAUCCAAAUAAAGGAGCAGCAUUUAGUUUUAUCAUUGAACAACAUUUAAAAGACCUAAAUGAUGGUAAUACUUCUGAGCCAUUCAAUCAACAGGUAUUGAGUAUGACAGAGGCAUCAUCGAAUUCAACAGUGACAACACUCAACAAAUUUGAAGAACGCGACAAUAUGUUACGAGAACGUAGUAUUGCUGAAGAUUAUUGGAAACAAGUAAUUGAUGAAAUCAAACAACAAGAAGCAAGAGUGGUCGAAGAGCAAAACAAUAAUAUUAAUUGA